UGCCGUAUUUAUUGCACUUAGUUAAACAUUAAAAAAAGAAUAUUUUUUCGUCAACUGAAGCUUUACUUGUCUCGUUUAACGUUCUAAGCAGUUGCACUCCACGGACUUUGUCUAGACAUAUAUAUAUCUUUGAAGCAAUGCAAAUAUGAUACAUAUUUUUAGAAAUACCAUUGAGACAAAACUGAAAGGAAUAUAAAAGUUUAUAUUUUUCAAAAGACUUUAAAGAUAUUGAAGUUCACAACCAGCCCUACUGUCUCAUCAGCGACGAAACCACCACCACUACCACCACCACAACAACAACACAACAACAGCAGCAGCAACAACAGCAGUAAAUAUAUGAUAAUAAAACCAUAAUAACAACACUAACAACAAAAGUAAUUCCUCAUUACUACUGAAAGUGAGAAUAAGGAAAAAAAAACUAUAUCCGGCAGAAACAUUAAAUGAGUCGUUUGCAAUCGCACUUGAUCGAAUUUCUCGUCCACUUCUAGUAUUUGCGCCAUUUUGUUGCCUUAGUAAUUCUAUUAAAAAUGAUUUUCAAUACAGUUUCGCCCAGAAUUUCUUCUGUUACCCCAGAGUCUGUGAAUGCAGCCUCUACAAAUGCAACACUUUUGUCCUGUAUUUGGUUGGCAACCAUUCACAUAUGCUUUCGGCCUCAACCACGAUCGAAACAAUACGUUCAUAAGCAAUACAAGCCUUCAGAUAAGUUAGAUGACUUUCUUAAGCUGGCGUUACUUACUAUGGCAGAAUCGUCUGAGAAAAGAAAACCUAUCGGAAUCACGGAUUUCGCGAAGAUUCUCCAUGCAAAAAGUGAUCAAGCUAAAAGUUAUGAAAUGACACGGAAACUGGCCUUUAGGACUUUAUCAGCUUAUAUAAGUAAAAAAAUCAGACGUGUUAUACAGGAGGAGUAUGCUGAGGAGGGAAUAACUCGAAAACCUGAUCUUUAUAACAGCAAUGUCGAUGUUUUACUUGCUUCUCCGCAGUUCCAUGACAACUCCUACCAAAUACGCUUUCCUUUAUCUUAUAGUAUACUAUUAAAUUUUGGUUUUGACGGCAAAUCUCACAUACUGUUUAGUGAUACACACUGGGGUGACAAUGACUAUUUUGAGUAUUACCCGGAGUGUAAAUCGACAGAAAUUUAUGACCCAACGAAUAACGUGUGUCGUCCUGUUAUCUGUGAACCAGGUCACCAGUUUGUGCAUGAUUCUUGUGAAGAAAUCGUAGGAAACGCACCAUCGAAAGUGGAAAAGGAAUCACCCGAAAAUCUUUUUCAGGAAGACAUCAUGAACAUGGUUGUUUUAAAGGCUAAUGUCACAUUUUCUGACUAUUUAAUCGCCUUGACAGCUGACUUUAAAGAGAUGAUGAUUGAGUCGUUGAGUAAAUUACUCAACACGUCUACAAAUAGGAUCCAGAACUUUACCGUUCACAAAUCCGAAACACCAACCAACCCAGCCAAUUUGAUAAUUCAAAGAUUGCCUACUAAGCGCUACAGUAUGUACAUCGAUCGCGACAUUUUCUCCGAGGAAUAUUCAUCAACCAGCACAAGGGAUACGGACAAAGAGGAGAAAUUUACCAUGGAGAUAUCAUUUAUUCUUAUGCCACUGAAUACAACCAAAGAGAGGGGUAAGAGUGUAUCAUCAAUAAUAGAAGAAAUGGACUCUCUUGUUCAAAGUAAAAGUUUCAUGAUAAAUGUUAAGGAAACACGCGUAACAGUUGUCGGUUUGAAAAAUGACUCGGAUACCAUAAUGCCGAAUAUGUGGUGUAUGAAUGGAAUUAAGAGUUAUUACACAGAUACUCAGUUCACUAUGGUAACUCUAGAAAGUCGAGGGAAGAAAUCGGAGUUGAUUUACAUAAACAAAACCGAUCGUUUUUACCAGAAGGGUGAGUUCGAUUUGACAAUAUUUAUCCAAAGUACAAUUGGGUUUAACAAAGCUAACGUUUCUGGUUUCGUAUUCGUCUGUGACAAACCUCGUAUAAGAAAUAAAAAAUGCGGCCGAAUAUCUCUGAGUAAGAAGGAGUACACUAUAUUCGAGAAUAAAUCUGUCAGUUUUCGGCAACAUAUCCUUGGUAUUGAUGAUUACCAAUUUGAUGAAGGCAGUUCCAUAGUUAUCUGUAUUCCAUCAACCAUGAAAGUUCGCAGAUCAAUUGUAAAAGGCUGCGAUAUAGGCAAUGAAGAAUUAAUUUUCUCACAGAUUAUAUUAACAAUUGUGUUUGGACUUUUGUCUCUGGUUGCUCUUCUCGCUGUUUUAAUCACAUACAGUCUCUUUUCUAAACUUCGAAAUAUCCCAGGAAUAAAUAUGAUGAACCUAACAUUGGCAUUAUUUUUGGCCGAUUUCAUAUUUUUGGUAUCUGCUUCUGUAGAGUCUGAUGCUGCCUGUAUUACAGUUGCAGUCUCAUUACAUUACCUAUUCCUUGCUUCUUUCUUCUGGAUGAACGUUAUGUCGUACGAUCUGUUUCGUACAUUCGGCCAUGUCAAUAUACUUCCGACACCGAGGCAAAAAUCUAAAGUCAUACCGCGUUAUAUCCUUUAUGCUUGGGGAGCACCGCUCCUCAUUGUGGCUGCUUGCCUAGCCAUUGAAUUUAGUCACAUAUCUCCUUCGGUUACUAUUGGUUACGGAAAGGCGAAUCCUGCGGCGAUUGUCAGAAACAAAAUGAUGCGGGAACCAUCCAAUCGAUCGCUGAACAACAGCUACAGAUCAAUGGAUACUGCACAUACAUCUCAUCACCUUGGAUGCUGGAUCCAAGACCCACUGGCAUCUCUGAUCGCUUUCGGAAUUCCUUUGAUAUGUAUCGUACUGACUAACGUUGUGAUGUUCAUUAGAACCAUAUACUGCAUCCGGCGCAACCUCAAAACCAUCAAUUUACGCCUGAAUCACCCAGUGUCUGGUCGGCAUGACGUCAUUUUAUAUGUGAAAAUGUCCGUGGUUAUGGGAUUCACUUGGGUCCUUGGAUUCGCUUCGUCAGGGAUCAGCAGCGGUGCUCAACCCACCGAAAGUAUAUGUCUACUGCUCAACAUCAUUGGAAUUUUAUUUGUGAUCUUCAACUGUUCCCAGGGAAUUUUUAUUUGUUCUGUAUUUGUUCUAAACAAACGGGUUUUUGGCCUCUACCAAUCACUCUGGGCUAAAUUAAUGAAAACCAUUAAACAGCGAGAAAAUAGUAUUUUUACUAUAAUCCAGAACGAUAAAUAAUAAAACAGAUUCUAAUAUUAAGUACAAUAAACAUGUAGUAUUACAGUGACAUUUAGAAAACUUUCUGCCACAUGAAAAUUACACACUCGCUGUAUUGUACAACAAACACUACACCCCACUACAGCCUAUAGUAAUUCUACGUUAAAUUCUAUAGACUAACAGAAAGUAUUUUCUAUUAUUUGCUAUAACAGAAAUCGCAACCUUCACCAGUCUAUCCCAUUACAUAUACAGCUACUGUUUUUCUAUACACUUUAAUAGUAACUAUAAUUGUAACGUUCCUCUUUCUCGUUAACUCUAAACUAUACCUUGCGCCAUGACACGUCUAAAUCAUUUUAUUAAAUCUCAAACUACGUAACUCCAUCUCCCAAUAUCUAUGCUAAAACGAAUACAUCACACCACCUGUAUACUAUAUAUAAGAGUGUAUGCUUAUUUUUCUGUAGCGCAGUAAAAGAAUUCUCUUAGCUUGCACUGGUCUAUUCUCCAACAGUCACUCUACCAUAUACCGGAUUAAUGUGGCUUCACGAAUGGUCUUUAACAUUGACCUAAGUAAUAUAUUUCGCUAUUACAUACAAGAUUAUUAUGAAUUGCUAUUUACUAUUUAUGCAAUAUUGUAUGCAUAUACGUAGACAUAUGGCAAUACACACUAUAUUUAUUGUCUUUCUAAAGCACCUGUUUCUCAAGAGCGAGUACAUCUUUCCGUUGCCGGUGAAGCAAACAGUUUUUUCGGACUAACAGAAAAUCCUUGAAGCACGUAUAGAUUCAGUCACUCAGAAAAAGCACUUUAAUACUUCAAUAUCCAAAACACUGGAAUUUCCCGGACGAUAAUAUUACGAAUUAUAAGACUGACUGUUCCAUUAUAGGAAUUACCUCUUCCUAUGUUAAUGAUGUCAGAAAAUACAGUCUGUUGGAGUCAUUUGUAAUUUUCAUCAAAAUAUUGAAAUUGCUAUGUAUUACGUAUUUUCUGACAACCUGCUGGCUAAAGAACUUUUCAUUCCGUAUAAUCGAUUUCCGUACUCUCAAAAAUAAUCAUAUGUUUAAAAUAUUUUAUUCAUGAAUAUUGAAACUCAAUCGACAAAUGCUGAUUCACUAAUACACAUGAAUUUUUGCAUUUCAUUUUUUUGGUAUCUUACUCUUGAUAUGAUACAUCCCUUGUUGUUACAUGCAAAUAAGUUAGAACAAUACAUGUUCUGUACAUGGUAAUGACUGGACACAUACAUGAGGUCCUUUAAAAAAAUGUUCUCAACCAAUGAUAUCUUGAUGUACUAUUGUCGCAACAUCUUGCGAUUUUCCACAAAUAUGUGACAAUGUUUCCAAAAUUUUUUUUUUAGUUUUCAAUAAUUGAAAAGUGGAACUCGGAGUUGCGUUUCAACGACACUUUCACUCUGAUAAUAUAUACACACUACUGAGGAUUUAUAUAUCGUCAGUGAAAGAAUUAUGAGAAUAUGCGUUGAAAAGGAUCAUAUUUUAAAUUAUUUUUAUGUUCGCUUUCUGAAUAUUUAGAAAAGCACAAGCAGUGGUAGUCAAAAUGCGUGUGUAUACAUGCAAACAUACAUAUACAUACAUACAUACAUACAUACAU